UCCCAAGACUUGGCACCCCAGAGCUACUGGAGAUAAUACUGCCUGAGAAGUUGUCCACUGUGCAAUCUCUGCUAUACAGCUGACCCAGUGCGGGGAGACGGUCAGCUAGAACUGAAGUGCUGAGAUGGCAGUCAAUAGGAGCCCAACCAUGAUGGAUGGAGACCACCCGGAGCAGGAAAAUGUGCUCCAGAGAGUCCUUCAGUUGCCUGUGGUAAGUGGCACCUGUGAAUGUUUCCAAAAGACCUACACCAGCACCAAGGAAGCCCAUCCCCUUGUGGCCUCUGUAUGUAAUGCCUAUGAGAAAGGAGUACAAGGAGCCAGCAACCUGGCUGCAUGGAGCAUGGAGCCUGUGGUCCGACGGCUGUCAACCCAAUUCACAGCUGCCAAUGAACUAGCCUGUCGUGGAUUAGACCACCUGGAAGAAAAGAUUCCUGCUCUCCAGUACCCUCCAGAAAAGAUUGCCUCCGAACUGAAGGACACCAUCUCCACUAGAAUUCGAAGUGCCAGAAACAGCUUCAGUGUUCCUAUUGCCAGCACUUCUGAUAAGGUCCUGGGGGCAGCUUUGGCUGGCUGUGAACUUGCUUGGGGUAUAGCACGGGACACAGCUGAAUAUGCCUCCGGCACCCGGGUGGGUCAACUGGCAGCUGGAGGGGCAGACUUGGCCUUAAACAAUGUUGAGAAGGUGGUGAACUGUCUGAUUCCAGCACCCAAGGAAAAUCCAGCCCCAGUCGUGGAGCACCCUAGUCCUCCCCAAGUCCAGCAGAAGCUGCCAAAGCCAAAGCCAAAGCCUGGUUUCCUUCAAAGAAUUGGAACUUUAACCAACACCAUCUCCCAGCAUACCUUUCAGAUGACAGUCCAGAGCCUCCGCAUGGGCUAUGCAUUAGCCAAGUGGAUCCCAGGUGUGGCUCCAUUGAGCAGUAUGGCCCAGUGGAGUGUGUCAGCUGCCAUGCAGGUGGUGUCCAGACCCCGAUCCACAUCAAGGGGAACUUGGCAGUACAAUUGGGCUCAGGAGGAGGAUGAAGAAGAGGAGGACGAGGAAGAAGAGGAGGAAGAGGAGGAAGAAGAAGAGGAACCCGAAGUGAGGAAGGAAGAGAACAAACUAAAUAUGCCCAGGCCCAGGACCCAGAGCCUUGUGGGCAGUGUGGUUCACACUCUGCAGUCUGCUUACUUGACCACCGUCUCCACUGUCAAGUGGGUACCCGUCACCAUCUGGAACAACACUGCUGGGAGGCUGUUCCACCUCACUUCUGGCCAGGAGACCUUUACCAAAAGCAGGGCCAUGUCGCUAUCGGACGCCCUGAAAGGCGUCACAGACAACGUGGUGGACACAGUGGUGCACUACGUCCCGCUCCCCAGGUUGUCCCUGAUGGAGCCAGAGAGUGAGUUCCGGGACAUAGACAACCCCCCGAGCGAGCCAGAGGGGAGCGAAGGCGCCCACUCCCCCACCGCCGAGGCCCCGAGCAAAGCCCAGCACCGUGGCAGCCUCAGGAGUCCCCGAAACUCCAGUGCGCUGUCCUUCCUGGGCCUGGAAGAUAAGCUCUCUGCUCAGCAGAAAGCGUCGGACCCGGGGCCCCAGCAGCGUGGCUCCCUCCACCGUGGCGCCACGUUUGAGCCCGAGACCCCCACCGGCCGCUCCAUGUUUUCUUUCUACCACCGGGAGAAGCCCACCCGCCGCGUCAGUGACAGCUUCUUCCGACCCAGCGUCAUGGAGCCCAUCUACAACCGCAUGCACUACAGCCAGCUUUACAAGAAGAACUGAUGGGGCUCGAGGUCCCUGCGGGCCAGCCCUGCCUCGGUGCCCUCUGUUGGGCCCACGGGUUGGCGCGCGCCCCUGCCACCGCCGCCACUCCCAGCUUCCUCCUGCGGCCCCCACAGAGAAGAGCAAAGCCGAGAUCCUGACCGAACUCGGUCCUCUGCAGCGGCCUCCUGCCUACACACUCACUAGACUCCGGAGCCCUUGAGUGCCCCAUCCCUGCCCGCUUGCCAGGAAGGUGCCGCGAGCCUUCGGGCCAUCCUGAGGGCAAAACUGAGGGCUGCUGGGGGUUGGGGUCACUGCAACCAGGGAUGAGUGAGCCCCACUAACUUAUCACCCCGGGUUGCUCUCAGGAGAACUGAGUCAGAGCCGACUUUGAGAGCUGCCUCCUUCAUUUAAGUUGGAGUCGUGCCCGUCAGGGUAGGCCUCCUGGGAGCCAUGCAGUCCUUCAGUGGCGCAGCCCUUGCCCUAACACAUCUAGAACUUUUCCUUGGCAUAAGCCUCCGGGGCCUCCUUGUAGCCCCACGAGAAGGCCAGCUUUCACCUCUUGUCUCCCUAAUAGGACCCAACAUCAGCGGCCAGAUGAGGCUUCGCCUCUUCAGGUUGGUCUCCUCACUCAGGAGGGUGAGUCCUUCCUGCCAGGCUCACGCAGGGAGUCAGGAUGCAGAUCCAGGUCCUUUCACUCCAAAGCCACCUCCCUCUGCUUUGGACCCCCAGCUAAAUUUCUCAGAUGAAUCACCUGCCAAACAUGGCUCCAAAUGACCUUUGGCUGUUUCCAAAAAUCAAAUCCAUCUUCCAAAGAAGAAAAGUUUGUCACCAUUCAGGUGAUUCAAAAGGACACAUGGCAAGCUGAGAAUUCCCAAAGAAUUGUUCCCAGAGUACUGAGCAAUGGCAGCAUGUGUUAGAAUAAAUGUCUGGGCUUUCCGAGGGGCUUCUUUAAGGGACACUAUACUCAUUUGGGUGUGCAAAAUGUAAGCUACAGGUGCUUUUUAAAAAUAGGUCUCAUGACUUGCUAGGCUCAUCUAGAUAGUAACUUUCUCCAUUGCUAUGGGUUAGAGACUGUUUAUAGACUUACUUUAUCUAUUAAAAUGACACCUUCCUUCUCAGGUUUUCCAUUUGCCUUUUGAUUUGGGCUUAUCCUAGGGGCAGGGUGAUAAAAGAGAGGACCACUCUGGGUUUCUUUCCACCCUGGUACUUCUAUUAUGCACAACUACAAUGAAUCUCAAAAUCAUUUUUUAUUACCUUAGUUACAUCAAUAGAAUUUGAGCCAAUACCCAUAGCACCUUCUUCCUAAGCUUCUUCAGGCUCCCCUUACGGUGACCCUCACAGAUGCCUCUUACUCAUAUGUAUAUACAUACUUUGCUAAAUGCAAAAGUUCUACCCUGAUGCCACUCAAGAGAAUUCCCUGGGAGGAGAAAGCAGAAUUUUAGUUUCAGAAGUAUUCCUGCACAUCGAAUCAGUUCCCUGGGAGGAGAACCUGGGUGGGGUCACUUUGUGGGCCUUCAUUCACGAUUGCUGGUGCUUCCAAGUCUCAGAGAUGCCCAGUUUCUGCCCACUGAUCUGGCCUAUCAUUUGACAACUUUUAUUCAGUGUGUAGAGACAGGGAGACUGUAUUACGUGUCUGGACUGUGAAAAUCAGAGACAGGGACAAGGAUGGUCAGACACAAUUAGGGGGAUCUUUGAGUCUGAUCUUAAGAAAGGCGGAGAUUCACUAAGGAAGGAAGAGUGUAGAGUAAUCCAAACACAGAGACGGUAGCCUGGGCAAAGGACAACAGAAAGGGAGAGAAAAUGAGGAACUUGAGAGAAGGGAAGGACAAGAAGACCUGAAAUUGAGGACACCUGGGCUUCCUUGAGGCCAGUUAGAAUUGUGAGUCUACAAUGAAAAUAACUGAACUUCAGCUUGAUGGGAAUUGUAGGCAGAGAGACAAAACCUCCCUGCAGCUUGGUCAAAAUUCAAGAAAGUGAAAUUCAGUUAUUUUCAGUUGUAGACUCACAAUUCCUUUCUUACCCAGAAUCCUUUCCCAGGGCUUAUCUCAAAAGUCCCUUCUUUCAACUAACCCUAGUAAACUAGACCAUCCCUAACUAUUUCUACACCAGGGAACUCCUUAAAAUUACUCUUUCACCUCCAAGCCACACUGUACUUACUGUGCUUUCUCUGUGGGAAAUCUUCAGGCUCUCUAAGCCUCUUUUUACUGUGUAUUUCCUGUCCCACCCUGCUGGGAGUCAAUGCCACGGACUGUCCAGGGUAGCAGAAUCUCCCUAAAUAUAACUGCUCCUAUGCCUCAACUAUUGUAGCUAUACAAUAAAACACAAUAUAAUAAACUUGUUCAGUCAUUUUGA